AUGCGCGAGGUAGUGUUGACUGCAGCCAGUUUAGCGCUGACAGGCGCUGUGGUCGCGAAUGCUUACUACCAAAAACAUCAAUUUUACCCUUCUGUUGUUUAUUUGACCAAGUCAAGUCCGAGCAUGGCGGUAAGUCGUAGACCCUCUAUGCUAAAUAGAAUGGAAAACCUGCUUUCAGUUGCUGGUUUAUCACCAUCAACUAUCAUAGAUCAUUGUUGUCAAUGUAGAGUGCUGUUGGAGGUUUGGCAUUAAUAUUAUUAUCCAAUUCCUGUUUUGAUGUAGGUUUUGUACAUUCAAGCUUUUGUUCUUGUAAUUCUGCUGGGAAAAGUGAUGAGAAAAGUUUUCUUCGGACAGCUGCGAGCUGCAGAAAUGGAGGUAAAUUUCAUUCAUGGACUUAAGUAUUUUUAUACAAUCUGAAUGUAGAAUCUUAUUAAUUGAUUCAAGGCCAUCAGAAGACUUCUUAAGUGACGUUUGAUAUGCAGGAAAUAGAUCAGCCCAUUUCAUUUUCCACUCAACAUCAGAAUUCCAUGCUCUGGGGAUCCCCCCACCAUGCCUUAUGAAUUUAACUCUUGUAUCAAAAGUUUGCUCUGGUCACCAUCAUUCAAAGUAUCUGUACAAGGCUUUACUUUAAGAAAAAUGAUAAGGAGACAAGAACCCUUAAGAUUUCCGAGAUGCCACAACAAUAAAAACUAAUUGCCCAAGGGCACUGUAGCAGCCAAGACUAAAUGAGUGGGCAGCCAGCAAUUUUUCUGCUGCCACUGGAAUGUUUGCUUCCCACCCAACACUUGGGUUUAAUUAUAACUUUAUUAUAUAACUUAGAUGAAAUCACCUGCUUUUCUGGUUGUCCUGCUUAACACUGUUAAACUUUCUGAUUGGGUUGGCUGCAGCCCUGCAGAAUAGGAGAAUGAAAAAAUGUUAUCGGCUGCAUAAAAUGAUGUUAACAAAAGUUAUUCAGAUGCUGUAAAUAUAGGAUGCUUUAACAUUUGACUUGAAAAAUAGCUUCAAAAAUUAGGUUACUUCCUAUCACCACCACAUCGAGCAUGUAAGAAGUGGACUGCUUAAACCAGUCACAUGGCCAGUGUCAGCUCCCGAUAGUUAACUCAGAAAAAAAAUGGACGGCAAUACCAUGUAGAAUUUGUGGUUGUUUUAGCGCUCAAGAGAUACUUUUGGUGACAAAUUUCUACUGAAGAUGUAUUUCUCUAUAAUUUUAUACUUUUUACACUUUUAAAUGUGGCUAAAUGUAAUUUAGGCCAAGUUAAACAAGAGACUAUGCUGGCCGGCGAUAUCUGUUGCUUAUCGUGUGUGGGGUGGGCUUAGGGCUUUUUCAGGGCCCCAGUAUAUUUAUAGCACUCCUUUAGAGGUCAAGUCAUAUUGCACAAGUUGUCUUUGCUUAUACUUGUGUCAAAGCCUUUUGCUCCCAGCCUUUCCCUUCCUCUGAGUGGGGUCUUGGCAAGUAUCUGAAAACUUUCGGCUGAGGUUCUCAGUGUGAUGGUGCCUUGUGGUUGCCGCUCAUAGGGUUGUCAUGGUUACCUUCACGCUCACUUGCGGCUCAGUCAGUUUACUCAGGCACCUUCCCUACACCCAUUUAUUGCAGGGUUUUAGUUCUAAAUAAAUGCAAAAAUUGAGGUAUGAAACCUUUUAUAAUAAUUAUAGCUUGCAUUUUGCGGUGAUUUCAAUAUGCCACGCAUCAUGAAAUGCUUCUAAAUUCAGCAUAUUAUUAGUGUCAAAGCCCUACAUAUUUUAGUGAAUAAUAUGUUUAUUCAUAUUUGUGUGUUCAAUCUAGGUAUUUUGAUGAAAACAUAAAGAAAAAUAUUAAUUGACCUUUUCUGUACACGUAUAAAGAAAUUGGUACAAGGUCACGCCAAUAUAUGCAAAUUAGGAUUUUCCCGUAAUUUGCAUAACAAAAGUAAGCUCUCAAAAAUUGAUUAGUGGUCUGUUUUUCCACUGAUUGGUAGUCUGUUUUCCAGUUGAAGGUCCAUUGUGUUAACAACCACAAUGCUAUACAUCUUGUAACCACUGACCUCAGAAAAACCUCUAUUUGUUUCAGCAUUUAAUUGAAAGAUCGUGGUAUGCAGUCACAGAGACUUGCCUGGCCUUUACUGUUUUUCGUGAUGACUUUAGUCCUCGUUUUGUAGCCCAGUUUACUCUUCUGUUGUUCCUGAAAUGUUUCCAUUGGUUGGCAGAAGACAGAAUAGAUUAUAUGGAGAGAAGUCCUGUACUGUCAUGGCUCUUUCACGUGCGAGCAGUUUUGCUGCUCAUGUUUUUAGGCAUGGUGGAUGCAGUUCUUGUUCAUAUUGCUUACAAUACAACCAUGCAAAGUGGAGCAUCUGUACAACUGGUGUUUGGAUUUGAAGUAAGAACAAACUUUAUCUUAUUAGUGCAUGCAAUGAUGUAGACAGUAUACAAUGCUUUGCCACAUGAAAUACUCUUUUGUCUGUUGGCAUUAUUAUUGACUGCAUUCCAGUGCUGCAGGAGACUGAUUUCAAGUGAGUGGUUGAAGAGGGGUCAUGUCACCUUUGCAAGUUUUUGUCAGUAUUAAAGACCUUUUGGAUCAGGUUUUCUUGAAAACCCACAGCACGAACUGCAGUUUGCAGUUAUGGGUUUGCAGUUUCGCUUUGUUAGGAUGUAGAAUUUUAGCAAAGUGUUCAUUUUUUAGUGCCAUCAUGUUGGUUUUCUUCAAGUCACAGUGUUUCACUUUUAUUGCCUGAAGAACAUGAAGAAUUCAUUGAUUCGAGCUCAAAAAUCCAACUGGCACAACAGAAGUUGGUGUAGGAACCUACCUCUUGCUUUUAAACAUGAGCCUGUACAUUUUUUCGUGGCAAAAAACCUUGUCAUAAAUCAUUUACUGCUGGAAGCUCUUCCUGCUGUUCAAACUGCAGUCGUGACUGCAAGCCCGCGGUCAUUAUUUUCUUUUGUUCCCUAAACAGUUAGUCCAGGUCAAGAAGAAAGGUUGCAAAGCUUUUCAUAUGAAACUUGAACAAAAUGUUGUUAUUUUUCUUUUUUUGCAGUAUGCAAUUCUUCUAACGAUAGUGGUAACUAUUCAGAUGAAAUAUGUCCUGCAUAUCAUAGAUCUUCGAAGUGAAAAUCCAUGGGACAACAAAGCUGUUUAUCUUCUUUAUACUGAGUUAAUCACAGGUAAGAACAAACUGCAUGAAAGUUGUGUUCUUUGAACUUUUAACAUUUGUAGGUUUUGUAGCCCAGUCAAACUUUACUUUAUGGACACUCAUUGUAUACAAACACCUCGUUAUUAUGGAUAGUUUUCUUUCUCCCUCUGAAAGCCCUUAAAUUUUCUCUUAAUGUAAUUUGCUUAAUACUGACACCCAUAAGGCCAUUAAUGCAGAUGGAAGAUACUUUUUUCUUGUCAUGUCAACAGAUUUUCAUGGGAAGUUAGCCUAGCUGAUAUGGACACCUCAUUGUCAACUGUAUAUUGUAAUAAGUCUACCUGCUCUGCUUAGAAUUAUGGCAGAUUUCUUAGAAUUUUUUUUUGUUAUCUGCCUUGAACCUCUUCAAAAGAGCAAGUUUCAGUUUCAAGGCUUAUAAAAGUAGCAAAGACUAACAAAUCAGCGAAAGACUUACAUUGUAUAAAUCAGCUGGACUACGAUGUACAUAGUACGUUACGUGUAAAUUUCACUACCUUUUUGAAGCUGAAAUGUUUUUAGUCUAUUAUGAUUUUAAUGUUAAAAAUGUACCUUUUUGUUGAGUGAAUUGAGACUUCCUUUGUCUCUUUCAGGUUUUAUCAAGACCGUUUUGUAUAUUUGUUUUAUGGUGAUCAUGAUUAAAGUGCAUACAUUCCCACUCUUUGCCAUUAGACCAAUGUACCUGACACUAAGGUGAGGCUAACACUGAUUCUUUCAUUGUUUGUCUACUCUUGUACUCCGUUGAAUUUGUCACAGGCAGCAGGGUAUUUAUUUACUUAUUUGUUUUACAUUUUAUUUUUCUACAGAGGAUUUAAAAAAUGCAUAAGUGAUGUCAUAAUGUCUCGGAGAGCUAUUAGGAACAUGAACACUCUGUAAGUUUGUAGUAAUGUUCCACUAUUCAAUGAGUGUUGUUACUCUAAUGACUUGUUGUUACAAACAAUCUUUGAAGUUAAUGAAGUGAUGGACUCAAAGAGUGGAGUUAUUUUACAUGGUAUGAAUGAAAUCUUCUUAGUAAUCGGUUAAGAAAACCUUAAAUACCUACUUAAACAGAAGAAGUCUAUACUUAGCUGCAUUUUUACUACCCAUUUUUCAAAUGAACAUUAAAUGUCAUCGUCAUCAUUGUAGUUUUUUCCUGAUGUUUUUCUUUUGUUAUUAAUAGUUAUCCAGAUGCCACAGCUGAAGAACUCCAGCAAGGUGACAACGUUUGUAUUAUUUGUCGGGAAGAAAUGACAACAGGCUGCAAAAAACUGCCUUGUAAUCAUAUAUUCCACACCAGCUGUUUAAGAUCUUGGUUUCAACGGCAACAGACAUGUCCAACCUGCCGAAUGGAUGUUCUCCGACCUCAACCUCCACCCACUCCAGCACAGCCUCCUCAGCCAGGUCCACAGCCCCCAUUUGGAUUCCCUCCCAUGGGAGUUCCUCCUGCUAUGGGGCAUCAACCUAUCCCAGGGACACUACCCCAAGUUCCCCCAAAUGGUAAGGAAUAUGUUGUUGUUAAUGUAGUGGUUGACAUUCUUUCAUUCUCAGUGGACUAUGAAUUCAGCAUUGUACAUCCAUUUCUGUAAUAUUAUAGGUUUUCUAGAGUGUUGCUUGUUUGCCGACCUUGUCUUCUCUCUCUCCCUCUACUGCUAGAAACAUCUGCUCUUCAUUAAUGUUCCAAAGGUUAUCCUCGAGAAUUUGCUACCUUCUUAGCACCACUGGAAAAACUUCUGAUAAAUAUAUUUUUGGGUAUCCAUCUACAUCACAUUAAAUAUUGUCUGUCAUGCUGACUUGUGUUCAACUUAAGUAAAGUGUAGAAAAGUCCAUCUAAGAGGCUUGCAUAGGUUGUUUUCUUAAGAAGUGUUGCUCUAUUUACCAUAAUGUCUUUCUUUUGUUGUUUUUUUUAUUUUCAAAAUUAUUAUUAAUUAUGUAUGUAAUCACAACUCUAGCUGCCCCUGUUAUGUUCCCUGGUUGGCCACCAAUGGCCGGACCCCCAGUGCCACCUGGACAACCACCUACGGCAGCUGCUACAGCGGUGCCAACACCCACUCCAGGUACACCCCCUACACCUGCAACCACACCCAGCACUAGUGACAUACCACAAGAUGGCACUACACAACCUCAGGUACUCCAGAAUACAAACACAUGUAUGUUUAUUCUAUAUUAUUCCCUAGUAAGUCACCCUUUGAUCCCAGGAAUUUUUUUCUGAAAAAGUGCAAUAUGAGGCUACUUAAUCCAUUUUUCUGAUCCCCAUUUUGGCAAAAAACAAUCACAACUAUAAAUAUUUUAAAAAGUUCAGAAACUUUGCUUGCUUAACCCUUUAAGCCCUAAGAGUGAUCAGCAUCGAAUUUCUCCUUGUAAUAUCAAUGCUUUGUAAAACAGAGAGGUUAUGAGAAUUACGGACGUGAUCACACAAUGAAUUUACUUGAUAUUUUAUCAACGUCUCCCCACUACUUCUGUAGAUCUGAUCUGAGGGUUUAAAGGGUUAAACUAUUCCUGAUGAAAAAAAUACUGCUUCCUUGGUUUGGGAGUGCUUAUAAUGCAAAAUUUCAAGGAAGAAAGCUUGACCUUUGUCUUUUGCUUUCUUUGCUCCCUGUUCAUGUUUUCGUAAUGAUGUUUUUUUUUUCUUUUUCAGAUGCCAGGCUUUGGUUUCCCUCCUCCAUUUAUGUUCCCUCCUCCCUUUAUGAUGCCACCUUUCAUGUUAGGUGAGUACUAUCAUAAACACAAGAAUUUUUUUCAGUCAUGUGCUACUAUGCCACCUUUAUGUAUCACAGUCUCUAUGUGGAUGUUACAUGGUUAUCAUGCUACACUAGUGUCAUGUGGCAAAGGUGUGCUGGGAUAGCUUUAAAUCUGAGCUCGAAUCAAUAAUCCAUACUAACUGAAAGUAUAGUUAAAGAUUCACAGUCACCGAGAAUCUUUACAUACUAGAGAAGAUUUGAGCAGGCAAUCUGUAUGGGCCGUUACAAUGACAAGCUUAAGUUGAGCCAUUGCAAAAUCUGCACAGACCAGACACAAAUAUUUCAUCAUGUGUGCGAAAUAAAACAGUCAGUAGAGGUUUACAUCGUAAUGAGUACUAAUUUAGCUGAGGAGUUUGUCUUUAAAGUUGAUUCUACAUUAGAGACAAUAUAUCUAUAUCUCAAGACAGCCUAUUCUGCUAUUUAUAAAUUCGAUUGAUGUUUUCCCCGAAAGUACAUUAGUUUUCUACAGAUUGUUACAAAAUGAAAAUAAAUGCCUUUCUCUUUGAGAUGCCUCUUAUCUGUCAAACACCCCUUCUUGGACCACUUAAAUUGAAUAAAUGCCCCGGGUGUCUAUUAGAUCAUUCAUGGCAAAUGAUUCAUCAACAGUCAGUCAGUCAACUCUCCCUAAGAUGGACACCUUUGGGACCAGUACUAUGUGUCCGUCUUAGAGAUAAGUCCGUCUUAUAGAGAGUCAAAUAAGGGGAGUAAAGAAAGGCAGGGACCAACUCUAGGUGCCCGUUUUACAGAGGUGUCCGUCUUAUGGAGGUGUCCGUUAAGAGAGAGUUGACUGUAUUUGUAUUAGGGUUAACAGAGGUGUACACGAGAUUCAAGAACUAACUCUUUAUUGAUCAUAGCUUUGACCACGUAGUAUUUAAAGAAUUUGACACAUAUUGUAACUGCUAAAGUAUUUUAUUAUUGUUCCGUUCAGGUGGUCUGAGUUCUCCUGUCAAUAUGGAUUUCUCGUCACUGAAUAUAGAGCAACUUGUAGCUGUUGAAGGUCAGGAAAGGCAGAAUGUGGAGGCGAGGAUUAACAUGUUACGUACAAUUCAUGCUCUGUUGGAUGCAGCUAUUGUUCAGCUUAAUCAAUAUACACAGAUGAUUAAUGAACAGAGGUAAAUCAAUAUAGAACGACCUGGCAAAAUCUCUCAUCCCUUCUCUGGAAAUAUUUUAAAAACGUACAUGAUGAAUAGAGGGGAUCUCACCAGAUGCCCAUUUGUGUUAAGUAUCAACAUCAUACCAGAUUUUUUCCUCACAAAGUGAAGGUUAUAAACUUGUUGGAAUUCACAUCACAUGUGGAUUGCUUAGGGCGGGGGAAUCUCCAGUUAAAUGUUGAGCGGUGUUUACAGUGCGACUAGGGCCACUUAGAGAAAACUGACCAAUCUGAUUAUAGGAAAAUAUCAAUACACUCCGAGAAAGUUGGUUGUGGGCCAAUCAGCAGCUCGCAAAAAAAACAAUAAGUUAGUACAAGCACGACAUUUCGAUAUUGAUAACAAACGUUUUUCAAGGAAGCAAAAUGUUUCACAGACUAUGUUUUUCUAUUCAAAAUUUUACAUGUAAAACCCAGGACCCAAGCUGUUAUUUUGUGAUCUACCAGCAUCUUCGAUAAAAAUGCUCUUACAGAGAGCCCUGCAAAACGUAACAGUGAAGUUACAGUUGGUGCUUUCCCUACAGUAAGUCUGGCGUGGUUAAAUGCGUUCCAAGGGCCAUUUUUAUAGGUUCGUUUGACCACAUGUUGAAUUUCAGAGCAUUUAAGAAAUGUUUCUUGUUUAAAUGGUCAGUCGAGUUGAAGUCAGUUUGCAAAAGCUGGUGCCCCUCAUCCUUUGCUCCCGGAUUCAAGUCUGGGUGAAGUCUUUUCCUUUUUUUUAUUUUCUUUGUAAUUUCUUUCUACUGGCGUGGUCUCAGAGACACAUGCUCCAGUUUUAAGGGUUUUUAUGAGUUCCCUUUGAAGAGUUGCCCAUCUUGGACAAGUGUCAACCGUUGAGCGGUGUCCAUUUAGAAAGGGGUCUACAUUAUAGUGAAGGCAGCUAAUUAAAGAAGUACCCAUCCUUAAAUGGCGCCAUAUGUUGGGAACUGAGACCAAUUUCAUGGUUUUUAAGCCUUGGGAAAAACAAGAGUCCUUUGAAUUUCAAGUUGUUAUAAACGAGCGGCCUAUCCUUCAUGUCUCGGAAACUAUGUUUCUGGGUGUUCUUCUAAAAUGUCUAAAUCUAUAGGCAUUAUUCAUAAAUCUAGGUUUUUUCUCUCUGCUCACUCUCUUCGAACCUUGUAUAAUUCAAUGAUCCUUCCACAUAUAUAUAUUGCAACUUAGCUUGGGGAUUUUCCUACAAAUCUAAUCUUAAAAGGAUAGUUAUUUUACAGAAGCGCGCACUAAGAAUAGUAAGCAAAUCUAGGUACGAUGCCCAUACUGACCCGAUCUUCAAGGAGCAAAAGCUCUUGAAAUCAAAUGUCAAGAUAUCCACAUGUUUCAAUUAGGUGUUUUUAUGUUUUCAUUUAAGAAUUCUACACUCCCUUCAAUAACUUUUUCUCAUUCACUCAAUGAACAACCAAAUACGCAAUUAUAAUACAAGGUCAUACAAGGAGAGCUCAAUCUUUUCGUUUACCGCUAUGCAGGACCAGUACCUUGCGGUUUUCUGUUUACUUUCAAGGUCCAAAGUUUUACAACUCUCUGAAUGCUAAUAUAACUAAAUCUUUCUCCUGUGCAACUUUAAAUAAAAGCUUAAAGAAUUUCUUCUCAGUAGGGAUUGACUUAAUAUUGCCUUCUGCUUAAGUUACUUCUUUUUUUGUAAAAGCUUGUACUGCUUUUGCUGGUCCAUAUUGUCAUAUUAGACUCGCUUUUUUUUAGUUCUGAGGAAACCUGAUUCUUUAUAAGCCCCGUGGUUUCUUUCAGGUUUCUUUGCCAUCUACUUAUUUAACUUUCUUAACUUUAUUGUAAUGAUGUGGGAUUAUGGCGAAUAAAUAUGAAUGAAUAAACUGAUCAUAUUAGAGAUGUUCACCACUGAGGUUAAUUAUUUGCAAUUCACACUCUUUCAGGCAGCCACCUGUCACUGUAUCUAAUCCCUCAACAGCAGCAGGACCCUCUGGAGAGACCACGGGAACAGAACCCUCAGGGGCGACAGGAGGAGGGCCCUCUGGACUUAAAACGGCCGGACCCUCGGGAUCAGGAUCUUCAGAGGCAGGUCCCUCGGGACUCGGGUCUAGUGUGGGAGUAGAGGUUUCACCUAGCUCCUCGACUGUUGCUGGGCCUGUAGGAUCAAAAUCCGCGGUUUCUGAAGCUAGAGACAAUUCACAAACCAACUCCGCCGAGUUGAAUGACGAGAACUCUGAAAUAAGGCGAAGACGCCUUGAGCGUUUUUCAAGCACGUUGAGCCAAGAAGGCUCUGAGAAAGACAAAAAUGAUUGACCCUGGUCAUGUUACGGUGCUUGUAAGAACAACGAGAAAAAGCGGCGACGACAACUAAAAAGAUUUCCGAAAGACGCUGUAGUUGUUCAAGAUUCGUGGUCAACAAACCGCCGCAUACAAGGAUUCUACGAAAUAAUAAUUUAAACUUCAACAAUUAGAGAACCCACACGCAUCCGCCUUUGGCGGUAACGUGGAGAAAGAACAAAGUGGAGAUAUAAAAGCAUUGAUAUGUAGGUAUACGGACUAUUGAAAAUACGGCAUAACCCAUUCACGGACACUGACUUAUUCCAGCGCUUGAAACUUUAUGUUUUUAUUAUAAUAUUAGAUGAAGGUUCUAAGCGACUGCGUAGGGUAACGUUGAAUAAAAAUAUUUCAAAGAAAGUAAAAGAACGUUUAAUUACUUCCUAGCAGAUGUUUAUAAAUAUUCUUAGUUUUAUCAAAGCUUUAACCC